AAAAAAAAACAGCACCAAAAUUUUGUCUCUCAUGUGACCGACCACCGCAUCCUCAGUUGAUCUGUCUUUGCCCCCACUUUGUCUCCCCACACAAAUUGAGUAAGAAGAAUUUAGAUAUCAAACGACUUUACGUGUCACUCUCUGAUUGGUUUCCAUAGGUUUUAUCGUGUGGACCAAGAAAGCAACAUAUAUAAAGCACGACGCGGCAGUGCCAUGACUACAAUAAGAGAAGUGUGUGUGAAAAUAAACUUCUCAUAUUUCAUAAAUAAUAAAAAAAGUAAAGAAAUGGAGAAAGAUGGACUCGAGCUUGAGAUCACGGAGCUGAGACUGGGACUUCCUGGGAGAGAUGUGACGGAGAAGAUGAUGAAGAAGAGAGGCUUCACGGAGAUGAUAAUGGCGUCUUCUGGAAGUAAUAGUGAACAAUGUGAAAACGGUCUUGUUUCAUCUGGUGUUGAUGUGGAGAAGGUUAAUGAUUCACCGGCGGCGAAAACUCAGGUGGUUGGGUGGCCGCCGGUUUGCUCUUACCGGAGGAAAAAUAGUUGUAAGGAAAUGUUGUCGACGAAAGUGGGGUUAGGUUAUGUGAAAGUGAGCAUGGAUGGUGUACCUUACUUGAGGAAGAUGGAUCUUGGUUCUAGCCAAGGUUAUGAUGAUUUGGCCUUUGCUCUCGAUAAGCUCUUCGGUUUCCAUGGCAUUGGAGUGGCCUUGAAAGAUGGUGAUAACUGCGAAUACGUUACCAUAUACGAAGACAAGGAUGGAGACUGGAUGCUUGCGGGAGAUGUACCUUGGGGAAUGUUCACAGAGUCAUGCAAGAGGUUGAGGAUUAUGAAAAGAUCGGAUGCUACCGGGUUUGGGCUGCAGCCUAGAGGAGUAGACGAGUGAUAUGACGCGGCUUGAACAAGAUGAAAGAGACUGGUUAAAUGAUGUAACCUUUAACUCGAUCAAGAUCCUUUAGAACAUUUUUCCAAUUCAUGUUAUAUAUAAUAUAUGAUAUAUAGAUAUUCUGUAAGACAACUUCAAGUUAUAGUUUGCAUUAAUAUCUUCAAAAAGACAGCUAUACAAUACUUGUUCUUGAGUGAGUUAAGACAUUAAUUUGUUCAAACUCACUGUUAUUCGGAUCCAUAGUAUAUGUGUACGCUAGCAAAAUGUAAGUUUCAGUUUUCA